AUGAUCAUGUUGAUUACUGGAAAGUUUGUCCUGGAAAAGCCUCAGCUUGCAAUAUCUUUGAAUUUGAAAAUGAUUGAUGAGCUACCAUCGAUAUAUGAUCUUCCACCUUGUCCACCCUUUGGAAACUAUUUGGCUUUAUGCAAGUCAUCAGAAAUCAACAAGGGCUCCACUUCAUACUUCACCUUGGAACAAAGGACCUACAACCCCUUGACUGCCAACUACCUGACAGCCGAGUUUGCAUGUUCGUACAAUGCUGGCAGCACCAGACAUGCUGGUGUCACUAAGGCAACCAAAUCCACAGCAAUCUUCUCCAUCUGUGGUGAAUUUUACAAAGGCAAGAACAUGGUACAAAUUAUCACUUCUGAAAUUGAGUGGAACAAUGUUUACUCAGCAAAUGCUGCUGACACAUCAUUGUCAAGUCCAGGAGCUGGUGGUAGGAAAAAGUGCAACCAGGACCUGAUGAAUUAUGAAAACAGAUCUCAGGCCAAAAGACCUGCCAAAACAAGUGGAGAGCAUCAAAAAUCUCCAAUUAACAUUGAAGAGGAGGGUGUCACAUAUCAUCCUGAACUGGGUUUGGAAACAGAAGCAGAACCUGAAGAAAAUUUGGGUGAUUUACAUUAUGGCUUAUUUGCUUCAUGUUGGUGGCAUGAAGCAAUUGACACAUCUUCAAACAAAAAAAAAUUAUACCCAAUUAGACUAAAUUUAAGAAUGUGCCAUAUAUAUAACAAAAUAACAAUAUAUACUUAUGUUUACCAAGGACAUGAUGCUUCACCUGUAUUUCAAUCUUCUAUUAAUGAAUUUAUUGUAAAUUCAAAUGAUAUGACAAAUUCUGUUAAUACUGUUUAUGGUCAAUAUCUUCAAAGCAUAAACCGUCAAAAUAAAUCAAGGUUGAAAGGAUCAAUAUUUUUUGGAAUGGCUAAUAAUGAUCAGCUAAAUAGGAUAUCUUUAGAUGUUACCUUUUUCCCUUUCAUUAUCAAAGUAGAUAAGUUUAAAAUGCUUGUAAUUAAUGCUUCAUAUGAUGAAACAGGCCCUUCUGAUGGAUAUCAUAUUACAUUUGUAGAAAGGUUUAGGCAUGAAUUUGUUAUAUUUUCACAAUUUUACAGCAAUAAUCUAUUCCAUGUAAAUUUAUAUUCAAUAAAAACUGGCGAAUUACUAAAUGAAUAUCAAAAUUCUGAUGUAAAUGUGUUGUGGAAAUCAAUUGGAUUAUUUCAAAAAUAUCCUGGUAGACAAUUAUUCUUAUUAGACAAUACAGAAAUGAAACAAAUUAUUGAAAAAACAAUUUUUCAAGUAAGUUGUAGUGAAUGGGACCCAAUAGUUUUUGAUAAACUCCAUUCAACAUAUAUGAAACAUUUUUACAGAAAAGAUUUUACAUUGUCAGUUUUAAUUUAUCUCUCUAACAAAAAAUCAACUCUAUUUGAGUUUAAUAACUUAUUAUAUAAAUUUAAUAUUAUUAAAAAAAAUGACUCAAAUUUUGAUGAAACAAUUUUAAGAAAAAUAAGAUCAUGGAGACAAUUACUGAAAGCUUCAGGUUGCAAGCAAAUAAAAGUUAAUGAAGACAAUGAAUACUGGUCCAAAGCUGAUGACAUUGCAGCUGAUUUAGAAAUAUUAGAGCUUUUUUCUGAAGUUGGAUCAAAUUCAGAGUUAAAUACACAACCAAAUUUAAAUAAAGAAUUAGAUUCUAGCACAAAAGUUUUUUGGAAAAGUUUUGAAAAUGCUAUGAGUUCUAAUAAAAGAGGGCCUGAUGGGCAACAAAGGAUAUUGUCAAUAAUUGCUGAAAAAUUCAGAAAUAGCAUUUCUACAGGAGAAGACAUAGCAAAUUCUAAUAAAUCUCUUGCAGGAACAUCAUUUGCCAAAUUAGUUCCAGAUUGUAGUAAAAAAAUAGCAGUUGGUACCAUUCCAGGAAUUUCUAAUUAUUUUACUUUCAUGUGGCCAACUGGCGAGAAAAAAGGAACUAUAGAAGCUUAUGAGAUACCUCAUUAUGGACCACCAAAAAUAUAUUCAAUUUCUAAUAUUAAGAAGCUUCUCAAAAAUAAUGAUAUGAAACAACCAGAUUCAAUAGAAAUUGAUCAAACAACACCUCAAAUGGAAUGGAAAAUGAGUAUACCUUCACAAAUUGAUCCAUCUAUUCAAAAAUUAACAGUUGCUGAAGCAAGAUCAAAACUUAAAGAAAAAGACUUAGAUUUCUCUGGAAAUAAAUUAAUUAUUAAAGAAAGAUUAGACUUAUUUAGUAAUUAUGAUAAAAUAAAUUAUUCUUUGUUGACAAAUGAUAAUGAUGAUACUAAUUUAAAAAAUUUGUUAAAUGAGAAACUAAUACCUGGAUUUGCUUUGAGAAGUAAACAAAAAUUUGGAAAAAAGGGUGGUAAAAAACUUGAUUUAAAAGUAAUUGAAAAGUUAAAGGAAAUGUUCCUGGCUG